UGGAGCAGUGCGCCAGGCUCGCACGCUCUCUGGAGGCGUGCUCAAUGUACGUGGUGAAUGGUUGUUAAAUGUACAAGUUACACGGAAUUAGUAUUAACAUGAUUCAUCAUUUGGACAUAUCACAAAGCCUCAUGACGCAAUGAUAAGAGAUGGCUUACAUACUGGAUCAACCGGAAGCUAUCAAAAUGCCUCUAAGUUGGGAAUGUACUACGUGAAUGUAAACUCAACGAAAUACAACAACAACAACAGCGACACCUUAGUGCCCCCUACCGGAGAUUCAAGUAACACCUCUGCGCAUGUGCUUUUUGGUUCGGAAGAGUGGUAUCGGCAACAGCAGAAACAGUUCUACAAGUCGUAUGAUCCGAGUGUCGGGUAUAACACAGCGGCAGUCCUUGGUGGCAUGUUGGUACUACUUGUAGUAUAUGUAUUCUACCGGACAAAAGUUAGAAAACAUCUUAUAAGUCUAGCCAGGUAUAUCAAGGGACAAUACAAACUAAAACACCAAGCCGACUACGGUGCUCCGGAAUCUGCCGAACAAAUGACAUAUUCGUUUGGAAACGGACCCCCAGCUUCGGAAGGACAUGACAAUAACCUUGACAGCGAUUAUGCCGCUCAAAGCGAAGUUAAGUCCAAAGGUUCGACCAUUCCUGUUCAGUUUCUCAGUUUUGACAGUGGUACAUUAUCCGAGCAUGCAAACACCAUCGGCGCGUGCAAUAGGGAGGAGAUAUUGAGAAGAGUUCGGCCUACUUUAUCUUUUGACCGACAGCAAUCUGAAGAUGAAUCGAAACAACCUCCUGUUGUUGUCAUGGACAUGGAAAUAGCCACAGCGGACUGGGUACAAAAACAGCAUCAGUUACAACACCAAUUUCUUAGUCCGGGUGGAAUUAUUUUGAAAGUGAAAUCGGACACAAUCUGUCCUCCUAACAACGAUAGUUACCCGUCCGCCCAACCCGUACACCCAAAUGUCAAAUGUUGUUCUAACCGCCACUGUGUAAACGCCAGGAGACGUCAGUACAGCUGUGGUGCGCGUUCACGUUAUUCCUUGGAUCUAAAUAAAAGCAUGCCAUUUCUAGAAGUGAGUGAUGCGACGUUGAGGGGGAUGGAGCCAUGUCUCCAUGGCAACCGUAGAAAGGUACAGCUCAAAGCAACAAAAUUUCCAAGUGUUUCAUCGGAACCAAAAACGCCGUUAUUGAUUAAAUGUACUAAAUUUUCAAGUUUGUCAUCCGAACCGGUGCGAUCACUCAUGUCACAACCCAGUCUAGAUAGUGGGCCGCGAACGCCCGUAUGUCGCACCCCUCAACCAAGGACACCCAUACCGUACUCGCCCCAACCGCAGCAGCGACAGCAAACAUUAGUAAAACAACAUACAUUGACACUUCCGGUACAGCAGCACACGUUAUCAGUACCAUUACAAAAACCUAGCCCGCCGUCACCUCACCUUCUACGACCACCUCCUCUCCAACAGCGACCCCAACAGGCCUCGUCGUGCCAUAAACUGGCGUCAUCAUCUCAAAAACAUGCUCCUCCUCAACACAUUACACCUAUUAUAAAGAUUCAGAAUUACGACAAAUCACAACGAAGAAUGAACUCUGUGUCGCGAAAAGAAAGUGUUGAUCAGGACUCGGUAAGCAGUAGUUCAUCAGAGGACCCCCAGAUCUAUCGUAUACCGGCCGAACAAUGGCAGUCCCCUAAACCUCCUCGCAGGGGCAUACUCGUGCGCGAGAACGCCGUGACGAGUCUAAGUGCCUGUCCUGUAUGUGAUAAACUACAAAGUUCCCGGUCUCCUCGGAAACAAGUUAGUCUGGACACGGGUUUUCACCAACUCCGCCUCCCUUCCCCCUCACCAGGGUCCAACUCGCACACUGUCCAAAAUAUGGAGACCCCCUUAUAACAGCGUGUGUCCCCAUCGUUGUCCUGGUUUCCGGUGGCUGACGGCCAUGGUCUGAGUGAUACAUGAGGGACAUAAACAUGCGUUAUUUUCUUAUAGGUAUUUGUUGUAUAAUAAUCAGACGGGUUUUCCUGUAGGUACAAUUCCGUCGAAUAGGUGCCAGGGCCGGAUUACACGUUACUAGGUUUUGAUAUUUUUGUAUCCCUUGGGAAUGGAAUAUUAUAUAUGGUGCGUUUUCGUGUGGUUGUAAGAUUUAAGACAUAAGUGCGAUUGUUUCACUCUGGGCGAUCGUGAGAAGAUUAAUUAGAACAUCCUUAUGAUUUUUGCAAUACGUUUCAAGGUUUGUGCACGACUGUUUUCAUUAGUGUGUGAACGAAUUUGUACAAUUAUUUGUGUACUAAUCUGCACACAGAUUUUGUACCUGGCUUUUGUACAAAACAAUACAUGAAGCUUGUGCUUUCUACGAUUUUGUAGAUGGUUGUGUUCAAUGAUAUUUUCAGUGGCAUUAAAUCUGAUUUACUGUAUAUGAGAUCGUUGUAGUUGAGAAGUAAUGUUCCAUAAACUUAUUAGUCAAUUAAUUAUAUUUCCCGUACCUUCUACCUUAGAGUCACUGGAAUAUUCACAAAAGUAAAUAAAUGGCCACCUGACAGUCAACACAGUCAGGAACUGUUGUAUUAUAGUGAUUUAGGGUAAGUUUUGCAUCACGUGACUUUGAUUUAUCAAAUAUAACGAUACAAUUUCAAUAAAUACACGUGGUUUAUUAGUUUCACCUUGUCUGUUAAAAUGAACACGUGUUUAAACCUAGCCACGUAUACAUGUACAAAACCUCAUAAGAACAUGAUUUGAUAAGUGGAAAUUAUACCGUGUAUAUACAAGAUACCUCUCCCAGAGUCGCCUACCUCAUUUCUCGCAUAAGCCAAUUUAGUUUUGAAAACAAAACAUCGUCGUGCGUGGCGUAGAAUAUAAUAACACGAAAACGUCGGAGUGACAACCACAGAGCCAGUAUUUCGGUCUAUAACAAUAAAUUUGUUUGAUGAUAUAGUAUUGCUUACGUGUGUUGUAUGCCUCUACGUGUAUACAAGUGUCUGUCAGAGGAAAACAGUAUGAUGUCAAAACAAUAUUAGCGAUCCAAGCAGACCAUGAAUCAAUAUUCCAAUAUGGUUUAUUAUAUACAUGUAAUAUAUAUUGAAUUAUAACACGAACUAUUAAAAUAAAGAUCUACAAGCCAUCCUGUAUACCUGAUGUUAUGCACGUGUAUCACUGAUGUAAUGUACAUGUAUCACUGAUGUUAUACAGAGUAUCACUGAUGUAGUAUACACGUGUAACACUGCUGUAAUGUACACGUGUGACACUGAUGUAAUGUACACGUGUAACACUGAUGUAAUGUACACGUGUAACACUGAUGUAAUGUACACGUGUAACACUGCUGUAAUGCACACGUGUGACACUGAUGUAAUGUACACGUGUAACACUGAUGUAAUGUACACGUGUAACACUGAUGUAAUACACAUGUAUCACUGAUACAAUACACGUAUAACACUGAUGUAAUACACGUGUAUCACUGAUAUAACGUACAUGUAUCAUUGAUGUUAUACAGAGUAUCACUGAUGUAAUGUACACGUGUAACACUGAUGUAAUGUACACGUGUAACACUGAUGUAAUGUACACGUGUAACACUGAUGUAAUGUACACGUGUAACACUGAUGUAAUGUACACGUGUAACACUGAUGUAAUAUACAUGUAUCACUGAUGUAAUGUACACGUGUAACACUGAUGUAAUGUACACGUGUAACACUGAUGUAAUGUACACGUGUAACACUGAUGUAAUAUACAUGUAUCACUGAUACAAUACACGUAUAACACUGAUGUAAUACACGUGUAUCACUGAUAUAACGUACAUGUACAUGUAUCACUGAUACAAUACACGUGUAACACUGAUGUAAUGUACACAUGUAACACCGAUGUAAUGUACACGUGUAACACUGAUGUAAUACACAUGUAUCACUGAUACAAUACACGUAUAACACUGAUACAAUACACGUGUAACACUGAUGUAAUACACGUGUAUCACUGAUAUAACGUACAUGUAUCAUUGAUGUAAUGUACGUGUAUAGCUGAUGUAAUACACCUGUAUACCUGAUGUGAAAUGUAUAACUCGUACAAUGCACGUGUAUAGCUGAUGUAAUGCACGUGUGUAAUUGAAACAAUGCACGUGUAAAUAUGAUACAUUACAAGUGCAUAUCUGAUAUGAAAAGUAUAACUGAUGUAAUGCGCAUGUGCAACUGAUGUAAUGCGCAUGUGCAACUGAUGUAAUGCAUGCGCAUAAUUAAUGUAAUGCACGUGUAUAGCUGACAUAAUGUACACAUACAUAACUGAUGUUAACAUUAGUAUCAAUUAUCAUAACUGUGUUUAGAUUUGAAUUAUUAAAAAUUAGUGUGUGUUACCAUACAUUUUUACUAACUGUGGAUAAUAAUUGGUUAUGUUGACGUUAAUGGGGGUUACCAUAGGUGAUGUUACUAACUGUGGUUAACUGUUGGUUAUGUUGACGUUAGUGUUGGUUACCCUAUAUACUGUUUCUAACUGUGUUUUAAUAUGUGUUAUGUGAAUGUUAGUGUGGAUUACCGCAAAUGAUUUUACUAACUGUGGUUAACUAUCGGUUAUGUGAACGUUAGUGUGAGUUAAUUGCCAUAGUUUGUUUCUACCUGUGGUUAAUCAUUGGUUAUGUUGACAAAAGUGUGUGUAUCUAAUUUUGAUGUUACAAACUGUGGUAAACUAUCUGUUAUGUAAGUGUUAGUGUGUGUAACCAUAGUUAAUAUUACUAACUGUGGUUAACUAUCUGUUGUGUGAGUGUUAGUGCGUGUAACCAUAGUUAAUAUUACUAACUGUGGUUAACUAUCUGUUAUGUGAGUGUUGGUGCGUGUAACCAUAGUUAAUAUUACUAACUGUGGUUAACUAUCUGUUAUGUGAGUGUCAUAGUUAAUAUUACUAACUGUGGUUAACUAUCGGUUAUGUGAGUGUUAGUGCGUGUAACCAUAGUUAAUAUUACUAACUGUGGUUAACUAUCGAUUAUGUGAACACUAGUGCAGAUUACCAUGACUUGGGGUUGAUUUCCGUUUUACUCCGGAUUAUCAUUAUUUAUAUCCAUGUUUGUUUUGUGUGUUGGUUGAGUCGCCGGGUGUUUUUAAUUUACCCUGGUGGCAUAUCCCCAAGGGUUACAAACGUUUGUGUGUAUAUUUGAGAAACAGUCGUGUGUUCCUAACUAUGGUUAGCCAAUGUUAUUACUGUAUUACCAUGGUAUAACUAUAAUCCUAUGUUUAUAUGAUGUUACUUACAUUGGUUAGAUCUUGUUAAACGUUUUGUAUUUUGACCCAUUACCUAUGCCACGCGCAUUUGAUUGCAGAAUUCUGAAAACUGGUUUUAUUUAUCAUACGGGAUGCAGCAUGUCAGGAACGGCAAUGAUUACGUCAUUGUUCAAACUAACGGAGUCAUUGUCCGGAUUAUUUGGCAAUCUACAGUCCGGAAUAUGAAAAAAACUCUACGGAAAUGCAUUGUGUGCGAUAGAUAAGGGUUACAGUCACAAUCGCAACAAUGUAUUGUUUGAUAUUUAUGUCAAGUCUAAAGGAUAAAAAAUGAUCAUAAUCCAUAAAAAAUGACCAAAAUUAAAUGUCUGGCCUUGAAAAAAUUAAAAAUAUCCUCUACCGACUUGUAUUGCCUUGAACAAGGGCUUACAUGAUUAACAGGAAAACAAAGACAAUCGUUCUGAUCAUAAACUGCAGGACGAGAACGUUUAUUUAAUUAUUGUCGCCCAAUUGUGGCGCCCCUUGUAGUUGUACACAAAUUAAAAUCGAACUAGUAUUGUGACGAAGACGCUUGUUUAAUUCAAAGCGUCAGAGUGAGAGAGAGUGAGUGAAAAUGAUGAACCUUCCGAAUGUUCGACCUACUUUCCAAGAUUAUUUACUUGUAUACGUUUGUUAAACAAUGAAAAUAAAAGCGCCUGAUCACAUAACUGAUAUUGUGUCUUUCAUGACUUGUACAAAUAAAACAGGGUGAUGUAUAUUGUA